AGCUUCUGGACUUGGGCGAUUCUCCUGUACCAGCUUCCAAGGGCUGGGACCACAGAUCAGAAGCUGAGAUCUCCUGAGUACAGACACUGGCAGAACAGGCUCCUUACAAUGCUUCCCAUGAUCUCCUGGCCACACUCUCCUCACAGUGUCCUGCUGUUGACCCUGCUGCUGGGACUUACAGGAGCAGAUGAGCGGGAGCUGAAGGUGAUUCAGCCUGAGAAAUCAGUUUUUGUGUCUGCUGGAGGUUCAGCCAUUCUGAACUGCACUGUGACCUCCCUGCUCCCUGUGGGGCCCAUUAAGUGGCUCAGGGGUACAGGACAAAGUCGGCAUCUUAUAUACAGUUUCACAGGAGAGAGAUUCCCCAGAAUCACAAAUGUCAAAGAUGUCACAAAGAGAAACAACCUGGACUUUUCCAUCCGCAUCAGUAAUGUCACCCCUGCUGAUGCUGGCACCUACUACUGUGUGAAGUUCCAGCCUGACACUUCAGUGUCUGGGAAAGAGCUUCAGUCUGGAGGAGGCACCAUGUUGUAUGUGCUUGCAAAACCAUCUCCUCCUGUGGUCUCAGGACCUGCAGCCCGAGCUUCACCUCAGCAGACAGUGACCUUCACAUGCAAGUCUCAUGGAUUCUCCCCUCCGAAUAUCACACUGAAGUGGUUCAAAAGUGGAAAAGAGCUCUCUCCCUUCGAAACUACUGUGGACCCCAAAGGAGAAGGAAUCUUCUACAAUGUCUCCAGCACAGCCCAGUUAGUGCUGGGACCCAGAGAUAUUCAUUCUCAGAUCAUCUGUGAGGUGGCCCAUGUCACCUUGCAAGGAAGCCCUCUCCGUGGGACUGCUAACUUGUCUGACAUCAUCCGAGUUCUACCCUCCAUGGAAGUCAGCCAGCAUCCAACAGUGGUAUUGAAUCUGACGAAUGUCACUUGUCAAGUGAAGAACUUCUAUCCUUUGAGCCUUCAGUUGACCUGGACAAAGAAUGGAAAUAUGUCUCAGACAGAAGUGGCUUCUACACUCACAGUAAACAAGGAUGGAACCUACACAAGGACCAGCUGGCUCUUGGUGAACAUACAUGCCCAUAAGGAGGACAUGGUACUCACAUGCCAGGUUGAACAUGAUGGACAGCCAGCAAUCAUGAAAUCCCAUACUGUGGUGAUCAGUGAACAUCAGAGGGAGCAAGAAUUGAAGACUUCAGAUUCUGCUAAAGUCCUUGUAGCUGUGCUCUUUGGACCCAAACUGCUGCUGGUAAUUGGGGUUUUUGCUGUGUACAGGUACAAGAAGCAAAAGGCCUGAAGGAUCUCACUAUGUAGCCUUGACUUUGCUGGAACUCUCUAUUUAGACCAGACUUGCCUGAACUCAUUAAGAUUGGCUUGCCUGUGCCUUUUGCAUGCUGGGAUGGAUUGUGAGUUUCAGCAUUACAUCUAUUUAGAAAAAAAAAUGAUUCCAUUUAUCCCUUUACUGUACUGUAAGUAUAUCCUUUAUCUGAUGAACCAAUGGAGGACCAUGCAUGGAGAGGACCUAGACUACUUAUUGGCUGAUUGGGAGCUCAGUCUCCAUGUGGCUACUUAAUGAGGAUAUCAAGGCCUGCGUCUAUCAUGCACUCAGUUGACUGCUCACUGAUUAUUGGCCCCUGAUGAUGCAGCCUUGCCAGUCCACUGAGGAAGAGGAUUCAGGCAGUCUUGAUGAGCUAUGAUAAGCUAUGGGCAGAUGGCAAUGUCAGUGAAUUCCUUGUCUCAGUGGA